ACGCCCGCAAUUUUCAACCUGACCAUUACCGACCGCUUCCCCUUCCCGAGCGAUGACGGGAGAAGAACCCGACGCCGGCGGGGACCCCCCAAGCGUGGCCAUCGCCGAUCCCCUCCUGUCCCCUCCGACCUCACCCCUCGAUCUCCCUUUCGACGUGCCGUCGCUCCUCGCCCUCUCCAGACGCGGGCAGUGGCGUGCCGUCCUCGACGCCGUCGCCGUGGCCCGCCGCAGCCAUGGCCUCCUUCCGCACCACCACCUCGUGUGUCUUGCCGUGUCCGCCCUCGCCCUCUCGAAGUUGCGUCGGUUCUCCGACGCCGCCGCCGAGAUCGACGCCCUCGACGCCCCUUUGGAUUCCCCUCGCUUCCGCUUCGAAUCCUACCCGUCUUCCUACCCUGGACGUUCCGGUUCCAUGGUCCCCUUCGCCCUCCGGUUCCUCCACGCUGACCUUCCCCAGCGGCUCGGUACCAGAUCCGUCACCGUCGAUCGCCUCUACGCGCUCUUCGACCUCGUGCGAUCCAAGAUUCUGGAGGAGACCACCACCGCAUCUGCCGACUUGUGGCGACGCAGGGAGGUAUUCGUGAUAGCUUCCCUCUGUUGCAACCACUUCGUCCACCGGGAGUUCGAGGCGGCUCUGGCGCUGGUUAGGCUACUUCUUGAGCGGGAUCCAUCCGACCCUUUGCUCCUCUCCCGACUCGGGUAUGUCCAACUCCAGAUCGGUGACCUGACUGGUGCUAAGGCGUCGUUUGCGAGGUUGGAGAACCUUCAUCCGUCAGGGGAGCGAACAGUGGAGUUGGAAAACCUUGUCGGGAGGAACAAGGCGCUGGAGUUCAUCGUUGUCAAGGAUUAUGCUGCAGCUGUGAGAGAAUACGAGGAGUGCAUUGAAAGGGAUCCUGCGGAUGUAGUGGCACUGAACAAUAAAGCUCUAUGCUUGAUGUACUCGAGAGACCUGUCCGAUUCAAUCAAGGUUCUAGAGGGGGCUUUGGAGAGGGUUCCAACUGCAGCUUUGAAUGAAACAUUGGUCGUGAAUCUUUGCAGCAUGUAUGAACUAGCAUAUGUCAACCACGGAGAUGUCAAGAAGACUCUUAGCAAUUGGAUUGCUCAGGUUGCACCUGAUGACUUUGACCCCUCGUGUACUCGCAUCUGAUAAGUUUGCGGUUUUGAUCAUUGGGAUGAACUUUUCAGCAAUGGUUCUUGGAUUUAUAAUUGCUACUGAAGAUUGAAUUCUAGUUGGAAUAGAAGCUGGCUGAAGUUCGAUCCAUACUUUGUUUUGUAAACAUGGGCAAAGGCUCGAUAGGAAUGAGCAGCCAGAUCAUGUACAUUGCAGAAUGCCAUGAGGAUGUGUUUAACAUGGCCCAACUUUAAUUUUGAUUCAACUUCUUUAUUUUGCUUGUAGAAUCAGUGAAAGCUCGAGCAUUAUAGCGUUAUUUGACUACGUUAUUCUUUCA